AUGGUUCGCCUCGCUGCCGCUGUCAUCACACUCGUUGCUGUUGCCAGUUCUGCCUCGGCCCACUGGCGUGACGAAGUCUCCAACGUCAAUAUGACUGGCACCCAUCUUCUCUCUGCCCGUGCCGUACCACAAGAUUACCUCACUGCGCACAACAAUGAACGCGCCAAACACGGUGCCAAAGCGCUUGUUUGGGAUAACAGUCUCGCAUCGUCUGCACAAGCCUGGGCCAAUCAAUGCAAGUUCCAACAUAGCCAAUCGGGGCAGAAUCUAUACGCUGGAACCGGAAAUCCGACAGCCGGUGCCGCGGUUGGGGCAUGGAAUGCUGAAUCGAAGGACUAUAACUCGGGAAAUCCUCAGCCUUCGCACUGGACCCAAGUUGUCUGGAAGGGAACCACUAAACUUGGAUGCGCUCUGAAGCAAUGCGCACCGGGAACCAUUUUCGACCCUAAAUACGGCGUGAGUAAUAUGGCUUCGGUUGCCAACUACUAUGUUUGCCACUACAGCCCGGCUGGGAAUGUCAUUGGGCAAUUUCCCCAAAACGUUCAGAAGUGA